AUGGAUAGGCAGUGGAAUAGCAUCGAAAAUGACAAUGACGAGAAUUACCAAGGAAAAGAUUGUUUGCCAUUGAAAAUAUUUGAUGGUACAAAAACGUCUAUUAACGAUUUGACAGAAGCGUCAAUCACCUACAUGUGGCUGAGACGCAUAAAAGAAAUAUUUCUUGCCAUGAGUAAAAGACGUGAUGAUGAUCCUUUUGUGGAACACGACUUGGUUAUAGCCAAAGAGGAUAUGCAUCAAACAUGCACUCGGUACAUCGAAAGUAUCAGACCAACAUCAAACAUUCUUAAUGAGAAUGUCACACCACAAGAUGCCGAUGAAUGUAGUGUCCAAAAAAUACAAGCCCAAAUAAAAAAGCUCUCUGAAGCAGUUAAUAAGGUCACACAUGAUUCGUCGACUGAUACUGAUGUGAAUGAAAUCAAGGAUAAUAUUUCAAGCUUACAACAUACAAUUAAAAAACUCAAAAGAAUGCUCGAUAAUCUUUCAGCUAACGUUGAUCAAAAGAACACCACAACGUUGCAAACAAUUGUUCAAAAAUUGGAGAAAAAAAGUCAAAAAACAAGUUUACAAUUGAGACAAGACUGGAGUUUACAAAAGCUAUACGCUGAAUUGUUCAAAAUGUCUUAUUCAAGAAGUUCGACAUCUUUAGAGGAACAACUUCGCCCGAUGAAACGUGGUGAUGAAGAGCCAAAUUUUCAUAAUGCCAUAUGGUGGUAUUCAUGUGACAAAGCAUCAAUUUACUAUCAAAUAAACAGCAUAUUACGACUAGAGAAUUUUGAAUUACUCAUGUCAUAUCGGUACUAUUUGAGCGAUUUAUGUAGAAUGAUUGAGACGAUAUUCAGUGAUACAAAGAAAACAAAUCAAAAAGGCAUUACGUUGUAUCGUGCCGAUAAAGUAAAUAAAUCAAGUUUCGAAAAAAUGGAACAGAAACAAAAAGGUCAAUUGAUCACCAUGAACGGUUUUGUGUCUACAACGACAGACAUCAGUAUCGCCGAAGGUUAUGCAAGAAAUCAAUUUGUGCCACCAGGUGCCAUUUCAGUGUUAUUCGAAAUCAAAUAUAAUCCGAAAAAACAAUGUACAGCAUUUGCUGAUAUCGAAGACAUAUCUUUCCAUCCAGAGGAGAAGGAAGUAUUGUUCAGUAUGGGUUCAGCAUUUGCCAUCGAUAGAGUCGAUGCGCCAUUGCCAGGCGAAAGUUUUUAUCGAAUUAAGCUGACAGCAAGUGAUCUUGAUAAAUCAAUUGUCAGCGAUAUGAAAUCGAAGGUUGAACAGUCAAGUUCGUCUGGUCUAUCAAUGUUACUCGCCCGCUAUCUGAUUGAACUGGGCGAAUAUCGUGCAGUUAAAAAGUAUUUGAACUCUCUAUUAAACUGUGAUAUACUAAUGGAUGACCCAUCAAUUGCAUCUGCUUUCAAUUGUAUGGGCAUGAUUUAUUCUCGACAAGGAUUGUACGCUGACGCUCUUAAAUAUUUUAAACAAGCGUUAAAUCAUCAAACACGACUCGAAUAUUCGAAUAAUAACGCCCUUGCCGAAAUUCACAAUAAUAUUGGCGAAGCUUACGUGAAUCUGUCGUACUUUGAUGAAGCACUCGAAGUAUUCAACGAAGCAAAACGGACACAAAUGCGCGAGCCAUUGUCAACUCGACAACAUUUAGCAUCAAUUCAUUCUAAUAUUGGCUAUGCUUAUUACAAGAAAAAAGACUUUGAUGAUGCAGAAAAAUCUUUCACAACAGCUGAUGAGCUGUAUUCAAGUAAAACCACUCGCAAAUUAGCAUAUGAUGCACUCGAGCAACGUUUGAUGGAAGCUGAUUUGAAUUUAAAAUAUGGAAAUUUAUUGAGCGUUAAACAACAGUUUGAAAAAGCAGACGAACAGUAUGAUAAGGCAAUCAAAAUGUAUCAAACACUAUUGACCGAAACUGAUCCAAAACUAAUGAAAGCACAUACAGACUGCAUCGUGGAAUAUACAAGAACACGGGCAUAUACCAAAGUAAUCGAAAAAUACAAGAAUGGGCUUAGCGAUCUACUUCAUAAAUACGAAUCGAAAGCGUUUGAGGUAACCACAACAACAGAUUUGAAAAUUUUGACCAAUCUCUAUUAUCUAAUUGGUGCUUGUUACGCUGCUACGGAAAAAUAUGACGAGGCUAUUCAAUCAUGGAAAAGUGGUUACAUUUGUAAACGAAAAAAUCAUAUCGAUCAACUUCUGCGCGCAACGUCCGAUGACGACGCUAAUGAUGAAGACUUGAGUUUAUUAUACUUUAUACACAAAUCAUUUCGCAAAGUAUCCGAGACAAAGACAAAAGACAAAGGAUUGGUUUAUUUUCUCUCAGAGCAAUACGAGAAGGCAAAAAUUGAACUCGAACAAACCAAAAAUAGUGACCCGAUUGAUCGAGUUCUACUAGCUGAUCUUUACACUCAGUUAAAUUUACAUGAUUUAGCUAUUGAGAAUUAUGAAAAUGCUGUUUCAAGGAUGAAUGUAACGAAAACUGAUCCAAUUGUCACAGAAAUAUAUUUAUCAGUGGCGCAAUCAGAAACGGGCCUCGAAAAACUGCAAGAACACGAAAAAUAUUUUAGAAUAAAUGAAUCAGACAAUAGAACGAAAUGUUGCUCAGCAUUUUUAUAUGCGAAAGCACGUUCAAUUGCCGAACAGUCUAUCGCUUUAAAAUCUCAAAAUUUCUCACAAUAUCAUCCGAGUAUAGCAACUAGUUACAGCCUAAUUGCUGAGACAUACUUGGGAGAAAAUAAUUACAAACAAGCCAUUGAAAUGUAUCAAAAAACGAUUGAAAUUCAACAGUUAAAUUUACCAAUGGAUCAUCGAGAUAUAAAACAAAGUUAUUCCAAAAUGGGCAAUAUAUUUUGUAAGAUGUACAAACUAAAUGAUGCUAUUGAGAAAUAUCAAUUUGCCAUCGAAGACGGCGCAUCUUCAUUAUUAAACGCAAUAAUGUAUAGUACAAAAGCCGAGUUGCUUGCUGAACAAAAAGACUAUUGGUCAGCCGGUGAUGAAGAAAUGAAAUCUCGUACCAUUUUAGUAGAACAGUUACCGAAAGAUUUGGUCGACAUUGCCGAAGCGACAUUUAUGGAUACAUCGCUGGAUGAUCUGAAACUUUUGAUCAACAACAGAGUGCAGCUAUCUGAUAUCCGUUCAUUUGCAACAUUUCUUGCCGAUUUAUCAUACAUUUAUCUUAAAGAAGGCUACAUAAAAUUCAAGCAAAGCUCAGUUGAAUGUGAAAUGAUGUAUCAAGAAGCGCUCAAUUUACAACUGAAAAUAACCUUAUUUCAAAAUUCAGAUGAAGAUGUGACGACAAAAAUCUAUCAGACACUCGGGUUUGUUAAUGCUGCAAAUGAUAUCAACGACGAAGCACUACGCAACUACUACCAUGCUAUGGAUAAUGAUAGCAAUUAUGUAAUCCAUUGGAAAUUGGUUAAUCUCUACGAAGAACAGGAAAGGUAUUCAGUGGCACUUAGUCACUGUAAGCAUCUUCUUAGAUAUACUGAGAUGAUACAAGAUACACAAAAUGUGAUAAAGAAUAAAUUCGAAUUUUUGACAAACAAAGGAAAAGCAGAGGGCUCUGAUGAAGAAGAAAAUUUUGACGUAGAUAGAGAAUCUUCAGAUGGAGAAAGUGUUUCGAGCGCAGACUCACCAGCAAAAGACACGCAUUUUAUAAAUUCUAACGAUCGAUUUUUAUCACCAAAUUUAUCACUUGCCAAUACCUAUUACCUUUUGCAAGACUACCCAAGAGCACUCGACUACUAUCAGAAAGAUAUCGAACAUCGAACGAAAAAGCUCUCUCAGAAACCACUGUUGAUCAAAUGCAAAGUUGAUUCAGAUAAUAUGUGGUUGUUUUUAAUUGAAUUAUUCACAAAACAGAUUUCACAAAUUAAGCAAUCAAAGCGAAUUGAUUCGUAUGAAAGUAUGACUUAUGAAUUUAUAGGUGAUUUAUAUACUAAAUGUGCUGAAAUCGCUGUCAAAAUAACCACAUACUCUGAUGCUGUUUAUAGUUAUGCAAACGCUUUACAACUAUAUACUAACUAUUGCUUUGAACAGAACUCAAAAACUGUUUCAAUACUUAAUAGAUUAUCUCAUAAAGGAGUUCUGUCUGUCACUGACAUAACAAAGUUUUAUGAGAAUAUCCCUGAUGUCAAUAGAGAAUAUAAAACUUGGAUUAAACUGAAAAUGAUCUUGUUAGAGCAUGAACUAGCCAAAGAUAUUGAUGAAUAUGAACGUAUAAUCCAAAUGUGUUUCACUUGUAAACAAGAUCUAGACUUGUCAAAUCAUUCAGAUCUGAUGAUCGAUGCUGCACUUAAUUAUGUUAUACUUAAAAUUUGUAAGGAAAAAUACGGUUAUGAUGAUGGCAUGGAGAUUAUUAACAAACUGAAAAUAAAUGAACAAAAUCUCCCUAUAUAUGAUGUUAUUGUACUUUAUCGGAUGAUGGUCGACUUUAUUGUUGAAUUUGCCGACAAAAAUUACGAUAGUAUCGAUAAUGAAGAAGUGGAGCAAGAUGAAGAUGGAAAUGACAACGACGAAGAUCUCGAAACAGUAGAGAAAUACCAAAAAUUGUUGUUUCAACAAAUAUCAAAAGCGGUCACACCGGUUCUUACUAAAGACAGCAGGAUGUUUCAAACAUUCUUGGUGGAUGAUAACACUGAUGAUAAAAGCGUGUUUUCGUGUAUUGGUGAUAUUUUAACAAAUAUUGGUGCUUACAAUUUAGCUGCUGCCUAUUGGGAAAAUAUUCGAUGGGAGAAAGAGCAGAUGCUAUCCACGCCUAUUUUGAACAUAAUCCUUUCAAAACAAUCAAAUGUGCCACUGAUUUAUAAUGAAAUGAAACGGAUGGAAAUAGAUUUAGCCAAGUGCCUAACUUCAAUUGCACAAAGCUACGAUAAAUAUGGCGGAUUCUGCGAGAAGUAUGGUGAUGAGUUGCGUCAAAAUCAGAGCGGACAAGAAGAUGAUAUUGCCGCUGUAGAAUGGUAUACACAUACUAAAGCCGUGUUUGAUAUAGCAGACUCUCUCUAUAAAAUAUUGGGAAUAAAGGUUAAUGAAUCUCACCGCAACUUACUGGAGAAAAAAAUCCAUGCAGGAAGCGAAUUGAUAAUUGCUGAAGAUAAUUCAGAGGAACAUGCAAUUUUUUAA